AUGAAACCACAAAAUAAUAUUCCAUUACGUUCAGCUAAAAAAGCAGUUCGUCGUUUAAGAAAUGCUAAUACUCGUGCUACUCGUAAUGAUCUUUUAUCAGCGAUACAUCUUAAUGAUUUUAAUGAUGUUGAAAUGACAAGUAAUCUAAGUGAUAAAUCCGACGUUCAAACAAAUGAAAUUGAUGACGUGUUAAUGCAAGAGCAAAACGAAAAACAAUCGAGUGAUGAUUCAGUUUCAUUCGAUCAUAUUAUGAACGAUGUGUCCAGUGUUGAUUCUUGUUCAAGCAAUGUUGAUGAUGAAGUUUUACAGAAUAUACCACACAAUUUUAUUGAUAAUAAUGUUAAAUCUUCUGAACAUGAUUUAAAAGACAUGUCCACUGCUCUUGCAUUGUUUCGACACAAACAUAGCUUGUCCAAGUCUUGCAUAAAUGAUUUGUGUGAUUUGCUCAGAUCUCUUGGCAUUAAAAACGUGCCAUCCGACUUCCGUUCUAUCGAACGGAAUAUAAUGCACAAUAAAGAAAAUAUCUUACAGAGUAAACAAUAUACUGUUUGUGCUGAGUGUGGGAACAAGGGAUCAAAUACAUCAAAAUGUGAAAAUGUAAAUUGUAAGUCGAGUACUGGCUUUGCAUCAAUCCCAACUACACUAUGUACAUUCAAAAUUUUACCACAAAUAAUAGCUAUAUUAGAUAGAUAUAGUUUGAUGAAUCAGCCAGCUACUGAUCAUUCAAAAAUAUCGGAUGUUAAAGAUGGUAAAGUUUGGCGAGCCAUUAUACGCCAAGAACGAACUACUGAUCCAAUGAAACAAAUAGCAACCCUGCUACUAAACAGCGAUGGGGUUGUGUUAAAAAAAUUUAGUCGUUCAAUAUGGAUCUGUUCAAUGAUAAUAAACGAGUUGCCUCGAAAAAUUCGAUUCAACCAUAACAAUAUAAUUAUUUGCUGUAUUUCGAUGGGAGGAACAAAACCCAAAAAAGCACAGUUCCAGGACUUCAUUUCGGAUUGGGUAUAUGAAUUACGUCUGAUGGAAUUAGGUUUUCACAUAUCUCCUCCAAAUCUAAAUCAUGGUUUCAUCAAAGUACAUGCUUACCUCAUCGCUGCAGCAGUUGACAAACCAGCAGCAGCACUUUUAAUGAACUUGAAAGAGCAUUCUGGUUUCUACAGCUGUGUCCAGUGCAAUAUUCGAGGUGAACUUUAUAUCUCUUGUCACUCAGAAUUAGGAGAGUAUUUUUUGGGUGUAGGUGUAGGUGGAGGUUUGGGUGUAGGUGGAGGUUUGGGUGUAGGUGGAGGU